CUCAAGUCUCAACAACUAGUGUUGAAAGUAGCACGCGGAAAGCCGAAAAAAGUAUAACAAACAUGAGAAGCUUCAUUGCGCUUUGCUUGCUGGCCACAGCUUUUGCCGAUAAACUAGGCUACAACUAUCAACCAGUGCCGCAUUCUGAGGAGGGCCUAUCCUUCACACCCGGUAGUAUUGCCGCUCGCCAUAGUAUUUUACCAUUAUCAGCAGCUCAACAAGCUCCAGUUGCAGCCACUCGCAAUAUUGCAACAACUCAACUAACUUCGGCUCCUGCCCCAGUUCCUCCUGCUCCA